GCUUCAUUUCCCCUUCACUCUCUCUCUCUCUCUCUCUCUCUCUCUCUCUCUCUCUACGGCUACGCCCUAUAAAAAAUCUCGGGAGCGAAGUUGGGGAAGCUUUUGAGGUUUCGAAGGUCGGCCUCGUCUUCUCAGAAAUGCCGAGUCUUCGGCGCGUGGCACGGGAGAAUGCUCGAAGGAUUUUUGAGGAGAAGGAGAAGCUGAGAUUAGAGUUGGAGAAUGCUCGAAGGAUUUUUGAGGAGAAUGAGAAGCUGAGGCUAGAGUUGGAGAAUGUUCAAAGGAUUUUUGAGGAGAAUGAGAAGCUGAUGCUAGAGUUGGAUGCAAAGAGAAAAGAACUAAAUUCGCGAUGCAAGCAACGAGACAAGUUAGAGGCUGAAAAUGACGGCGAGAAGAAACAGCUUGAUGACGAGAAGCAAAAGACUGCAAUAGAGAACACUUCACGGGAGUUGCCAUCUAUGGUCCAAAAGAAGGCCGAUGAAGAUGUUCGGAAGCAUAUUCAGGCUCAGAAGAGGGAAAAAGAAGCUGCCAUCUCAAAAAUAAUAGAAUUGGAGAGGCAAUUGGAUCAAAAACAACAAUUGGAGCUCGAAAAAGAGCAGUUAGAGGGGACGCUUCGAGUGAUGAAGCGUUUGGAAGGAGAAGAUGAUGAAGAUAUCCACAAAAAGAUGGAAAAUUUGAGCGGCAAGCUGGAGAGCGAAAAGCUGCGUCUGGCAAAACUUUGUAUAGAUCUCAUAAGCAAGGAGCGCAAAAGCAAUGACGAGCUAGGAGAAGCUCGAAAGGAAUUGAUUAUGGGUUCCGAUGACUUGCUGAGUGGCCGCACUAAUAUUGGAAUCAAAAGGAUGGGGGAACUUGAUGAAAAGCCUUUUCAAAAUGCAUGCAAGAGAAAAUAUCAGGACGAAGAAGCUGCCAUUAAAGCUGCAGAGUUGUGCUCAAAUUGGCAAGGGCAAUUCAAGGAACCCGGGUGGCAUCCAUACAAGAUCGUUGAGUGUCGUAGAGAAACUAAGGAAGUUGUUCCGAAGUUGAAGGAACUGUGGUUCGAAUGGGGGGAUGAUGUCUACAAUGCGGUCAAAACAGCUUUGAUUGAGCUGAAUGAGUACAACGCUAGCGGAAGGUAUACAGUGCCUGAACUCUGGAACUACAAAGAAGGGCGGAAAGCAACUACGAAGGAAGUAAUCCGAUACAUAUUUGAGCAGUGGAAGAUCAAUAAGAGGAAGAGAUGACGAACCGGCUAUGAAUUGCCAGACAUGGCGUCGAAUGCCUCUACGUUUCUCAUCUAAUGUGGAGCAACUAUAUAUUGUACCUGGAUUUAAUGCUGUAUUAUAAGCUUUUGUAUCACUGUUGUAAGAGAACCAUUGCUGCAUAAGCAGCUCUUCCCUUGUUUCUGAAGUUGUUUAACAUCUUAAUGGUCUCUUGUCAUGUAGUUACAGUUAUUAGUUGCAGGGGGUAAAUUGCACUAGCAGCCCCAACUUUGUGUUUUUG